UUUUGCUUUUUCAGCUCGAAACGAGGAAAAGGAAUUGAACAACUAAUUGGCGGCCAUUUUUUAUAUCAUGAUUUUCAAAAGAAUUCACGAAACAAGUUCAAAAAUAAUUAUCGGAAAUUAGUUUUACAGACUUCCAAUGCAAAUAGUAGUCGAACUUCCCCAACCGACAGAGGAAUAUCGCUUGAGACAGCAAGUACAGGAAAUGGCAAAAUUGAUCAAAAAAACAAUAGUAAUACGAACAAAGAAGAGAGCAAAAAAACACUAUCCGAUCAAGUCAAUGAGGGAAAAUACGGUUUAAUACACACAGAACUCUUCAAAACUCCCAUAAUACGUCCUGGCGUGCUUAGCUAUAAAACAAACUAUGAGGUACCAAAGGAUGAUGCAAAUAAUUAUGGUGGAUUAAAAGAUGAUGAAAUUUGGCUCUCGGAAGAUCAUUUAUUAGUUUUGAAUGGUGGUUCGGUAAACAAGAUAAAUGAAAAGGAAAAAUGGCAACCAAUUGACGAUUAUGUGGCUCCACAAAGACAAGUUAAACUUCCAGAAAAUCCUAAAAUACCGCCUCCAUUUCCUGUCCAGCUUGCCGAUGAUGCGCCAAUACAGUUUAUCGGAAAUAAUAAACUUCCGAUCUACAAUCCGUUUACAAACCAGACAGUUUUUCUUUUCUCAAAUGAAAGAGUCCCGGACAUUCAAACCGGAGAUUUCGUUAAAAAAAAUACUACUGCCUGGAAUGGAGAGAAAAAUCCACCUUCAAAAUUUAAUGGAUAUCAAUACCCACCCCCUGCGCCGUUACCCAUUGGAGAACCAAACAAAACGUUCUCCAACCCAUUCCUAAAUCUUCCAGCACUACCACCUUUGCCAACUGGUUCAAUUGAUGAAAAAAAUAGUACAGAUAUUGACGAGGAAGAUAAUUCUUUGUAUUAUCCUCCUCCGUAUAGUUUUGAAUAUGAAAGCAAUUAUACCAACCCAGUGUCGCCUGGGCCACUAGUGCCAGGCAUAAUUUUACCACCGCCGCCAAAUUUCUUCGCUCCUCUAAUGGAGAUGAAAAUAUCGAUGAGCACACCUACUAAUUCUAAAAAGAAUGUUAUCAACUCAAGCAUAAAUGAACGCACUAAAAAUAUGACUUUUUCCAAAAAAAAUUCUGCGCCUAUUAAUACUACUCAAACAAAUGUCCUAAAAUAUAACAUAGAAAUUGAAAAGGUUGUAGUAAAGUCAUUCCCCUCUAACAAUGAUACAAAAUUGAUUAAAUCUGUGCAACCUACUCAACCUAGGCAUUUUCCAAAAAUUCAGAAUAAGACUAAAACACCUGCAAUUCAACUACAAACCGAUAAUUUCGUUGAAACCCCUCCACUAAUUUCAUUGAAUCAACAAAAUGUAAAAGGUAAUCCUAUUUACUUUGAAUAUUUUGAUGCUAGAACUUCUUCUGUAAGUUCUGGAAAUGAAUACUCCUUUACUACUACUACUAAACCAUUGACAUCAACAACACCUAAACAUGUAUAUGGAACGACCACGGCUUUUACUCCAAUCAUCAUACAAGUAUCUAGCAAGCGUCCACCGAAUAGAACAUACAUACCGAGCAAGCAAAAAGAAUCAUCACGCAUAAUACCAAAUAUAGAAAAUCUUCGCUACAAAACUAUGCAUGAAUUCAAUAAAGAAAUAGAAAACAUUCGUCACACACUUCGCUUGUAUAAAAAUUCGGCACCACCUGUAGACAAUUAUCGAAAAUCAAAAGCAAGACCCAACUAUGAAUAUCCGUUUGGAAUAUCGCCUACUAGGGUGCCACCUCAAAUCCAAACCUCUUACAUUAAUUCGCAAUAUAGUGAUCAAUUUCAUCCGGACGUUAAGUAUCAACCCUAUAAUGCUGGGUUAACUUAUCAUUCUACUCCAAUUGGAGUUUCACAUCACGAUCGUCUUCCAACAUACGAUAAACCUGACUCGUACGAUAAUAAUUUUAAUCGUUAUCGAAAUCCUUCCUUGAACGUUGAAAUAACUAGCGCAAACCCUCAUUUAGAUUUAACAUUUCAAACAGCAAAACCCAGCACCCAACUCAACCCAUGGCCCCAACCAAAUUGGUUUAGGGUAGAAAAAGUUAAAGUGUUAGACAUUCCCAAGCCAUUAAUCUCUAACAAUGGAGCGAGUGGCUACAACACUAAAAUAUUUUUGCAAAACAAGUAUUCAAUUCCAUCAUAUUCUGCACCUUCUAAACCUAUUCAAGUCAGUACUUCUUAUAGACAAAGUGAUACAAAAAAAUAUGACAAAUAUUUACAAUUGCAAACACAAGAUUUGGCAAAAGACACUCUAGUUAACUAUAAACAUCCGUUACCUGCCAUCAAUUUUGAUAGCGAAUUAUUGCCAUAUAACGGUCGAAUAUCAAAACCUCUGAUUGACUACAAAUUAUCAGGUGAUCAAGCUAGUGUUUAUUAUAUAACUCCUCACGAGUUUAAGUACCAAUAAGAGUAUGCAACAACAAAAAACACUAAACGAACUAUUACGGAUUGUGAUACAUGAAAAACUGUGAGCCUUAUUGAUGCGGACGCUAAAUCACUGUACAUAUUUAUUUUAGAACUGAAAUAAAAACAAAAAAAAAUA